AUGGCCAAGCGGAGAUUUCUAAUCGCGAGAUCAAGGCUUGUGUUUGGCAAGAUGUGCCACUUACCUGUUGGUAUUAAGCACAAGGCGUACUGGGCAAAAGAACGAAGUUAUGGCAUGAUAAGAAUGCCUGGGAAAUUGAAGGUGCUCCUUUUCCAGUCCCGGCUCAAGCUAAUGCCUGGGAAAUUGAAGUCUAAAUGGGUCGGCCCAUAUACCAUCGUCGGCAUCCGCGCAAACGGAGAAGUGGAGAUCCAGGGAAGUGCUUCUAACUCUGUCCCUUUUCUUGUCAACGGUCAUAGAGUAAAAGUCUAUAGGGAUAAUUCCGAGUUGUGUGUGGUCGACGAAGUUCCACUACACGCACUCCCUACUACCUCCUAG